AUGAGAAAUCACUUCUGUUUUCAGAUUUUCUUCAUACAGUUUUACUUAAUUUUAUUUGGUGUUUCUGGUAUAUGUGAAAUCGAGCAGCAAUCGAUUUUGAUCCGGUUGAAGAACGAAUUACAGUUCAAUUCUUUGUUAUCAUCAAAAUUAGUGUCUUGGGAGCCAAAUGCAGCAGAUUGCUGCACCUGGAUAGGUGUUAAUUGCAGCAUUGGGGGUCAGGUUAUCAGUCUAGAUUUAAGCAACGAAACGAUAUCUGGUGGUAUUGAUGAUUCUAGUUCUCUCUUCCGUUUAGAGAGUCUUGAGACGCUGAAUCUGGCUGGAAAUAACUUCAAUUCCACACCGAUUCCUUCAGGAUUUGGCAGUUUGACUAGUUUAAGGAAUUUGAACUUGUCAAAUUCGUGGUUUUCAGGCCAGAUUCCUGGAGAAUUGUCGCAUCUGACAAAGCUUCAAGUUCUUGAUCUGUCUUCUUUUUUCUCCUUUCGCUCACUGAAACUUGAGAGCCCCAAUCUAGGCAUGCUUAUCAAAAACCUCACACAGCUUAAAGUUCUUUAUCUGGAUAGUGUGAACAUAUCGGCACAAAAAUCAGAUUGGUGCCAGGCUUUAUCCUCUUCUUUGCUUGAUUUGGAGGCUUUGAGCUUGUCAACUUGUCAGCUUUCAGGCCCUUUAGAUGACUCCCUUGGGAACCUACAGUCACUUUCUAUCCCUGGAUCCAUCUGCAAUGCUACCUACCUAAAGGUUCUUGAUUUGUCAAACAACAAUUUAACUGGAAGGAUACCACAAUGUUUGAUCGAAUCUGGUGGUGGCAGUAUUGGGGUACUCAACUUGGGUGGCAAUAGUCUCAGUGGAAGAAUCGAGGGAAUAUUCCCUAGCAUCUGUGGUCUAAACACUCUAGACCUGCAUGGAAACCGUUUAGAAGGGGAGAUCCCAGGAUCUCUUGUCAAUUGCAACAUGCUAGAAGUCUUAAACCUUGGCAACAACAACAUGAUCGACACUUUUCCAUGCUUUUUGCGUAACAAUACGAGUUUACGUGUCCUUGUUUUGCGAAACAACAAGUUUCAUGGGUCUGUGCGUUGUAGGGAUCAAGAACGCAACAACUGGUCAAAGAUUCAGAUUCUAGACAUAGCUCACAAUGAAUUCAACGGAACUGUCCCUACAGAUUGUUUCUGGCAAUGGGAUUCAAUGAUGGUUAAUGAUGAUGGUGAAGAAUCGAGUAAGAAACACCUCAGUUUCAAGGUCUUAACUCUUAAUGAAUUCUACUAUCAGGAUACUGUGACAGUCAUGAUCAAAGGACUUGAGUUGGAGCUGCUGAAAAUCUUGACACUCUUCACAUCCGUUGAUAUCUCAAGCAACCAUUUUUCAGGAGAAAUACCAACAACAAUUGGGAGACUCACUGCUCUGUAUAUGCUCAAUGUAUCACAUAAUGACUUCACUGGUUCAAUUCCAUCAUCUAUAGGAAAUUUGAGUCAGCUGGAAUCAUUAGACAUGUCAUCAAACAAACUGAAUGGAGUCAUCCCAUCAGUGCUCACAACUCUUUCAUUCCUUUCUUUCCUUAAUCUAUCAAACAAUCAAUUGAGCGGAAGAAUCCCACCAGGCUCCCAAUUUCAGACUUUUGAGGAGGGUUCCUUUGAAGGAAACAAAGGAUUAUGCGGGUUUCCAUUAAACAGAAGGUGCACUAGCCAAGGUGUAAUCGUAUCAAAAAAUGCACCAAAUUUUGAAGAUUCUAAUGGAUAUGAUUGGCAGUUUAUAUUCACUGGAGUGGGAUUCGGGGCAGGUGCAGCCAUUGUUAUAGGGCCUCUCGUGUUGUCUAAGCAAGGGAGAAACUUCUGGGACAAGUACACAAACAAGAUUGUGGAGAUAAUCUGUCUGAUUUUAGGUAUCCAUUAUGCAGCUUAUGGGUUAUUCAACCAAGAUGAACAUGAUGAAAAGGAGACACAAGACAUUGAUGAAAGCUCAGAUGAAGAUGAAUUUCUCUCAGAAGUUGAUCAGUCUAAAGGAAGGUAUUGUGUGUUUUGUACCAAACUUGAUUUCUCUAGGAAACAAGCCAUUCAUGAUACAAAAUGCACUUGCUUUGACCAAACACCAACAUUGUCUACUUCAGUGUCCACUUCUUCAACGGAAGUAGAGUCUCCGUUUACCAAAUUGUGA